AUGCUCAUUCAAUUCUUUAGUGAUCUUCACAUUGAACACUUUGAAUCGUAUGCAAAAUUUCAAAGUUGCUAUAAGGAAAAAUACAAUCAUCACUUGUGCGAAAAACCCUAUGGAGAUGUACUCGUGUUGGCAGGGGAUAUCGGAAAUGCGUUUUUUCAAAGUUAUUUUGAAUUUUUGAAUGAUCUCUCUAAAAAAUAUUUGCAUGUGAUGAUUGUUGCCGGAAAUCAUGAAUAUUACAAAAAUGAAUAUUGGACUUGUAAUGAACAAAUGAAGAAAAUUUGUUCUCAAUUCAAUAAUGUUCAUUUCUUGAAUAGAGAAAGUGUGGAGAUUACUUCAAAACGUGGAGAAAAGAUUUUAUUCUUGGGAUGUGCAUUAUGGUCACAUGUACCAGAUCAUGCAACAUCUGUGGUUCAAAAGUCUUUGAAUGAUUAUCGUUUAAUUACCAUCAAUGAUGAUCAUAUCAAUACAAACAGUAUAUCCUCACGGCGACUUCUCACUGUUCAAGAUACCAAUCUCUUUUUCAAACAAGAUUACACCUUUCUUAAGGAAGCGAUCGAAAAGGAAAGACAUAGUUCUUCACCACCACGAAAGAUGGUCGUCAUUACUCAUCAUGCUCCAAUGACGACAGGUGUGGGAGCUCCAUAUUUUGAAAAUACCCAAGAUGAAAAAAUCAAGAUGUACAAUACUUCAUUUGCUACAGAUUUGAGUCAUUUGAUGGGAUCACCUGUGGUGUUGUGGAUUUUUGGACAUACUCAUUAUUCAGCCAUUCAACAAGUGAAUGGAACGAAUAUUGCAAGUAAUCAAUUGGGAUAUUUGGCUGGACCAAAUGAUGAUCGAAUUGUCAAUGUUUUUCGAGAAGAUUUAACUUUUGAAUUAUACUAA